GGAUGGGUAACUCAUACCCGACAAGUACGAAUACACCCAAUAAAAUUAGAAAACAGAAUAAUAGUGCCAUAUAUUUGCACUGAAUUCAAGUUCAACAAUUGGUGCUCUACUGAUGGCUUCACAUGAAUGGCGAUUGAAUAUGUUCAUCUUCUUCCAUUCUGCUAUUUUGUUAAGUACCAAUCUUAAUGGAGGAGACAAAUGGGAUUCUGUACCUUGCUUUCAAACAGUACAAAGAAAGCAUCAAUUAACAGUAUAGAUUUGCUUUGCAAAUAUGAUGUUCUGCUUCUCAAUGCAUCAGUCAACGGAACCUUAAGAACUUAUCCUAUCAUAUACAAAAUUCCUAAGAUUCCAACUCUUAUGGCCCCGAACCAGAAUAUAUACCAUUGCAAUAUUUUAAGCUGCACAAGAAAACUCAUGGAAUGGCAAAGCAUCAAGGACCAAUCACCAAGCAUGACCCUUGAAGUUCAAAGAAACAAGCCUUCUACAUGCAGUGCAUCCAAGAGAUUAGUUGCUUCAAAUAGUUCAAGGAACCAUGAUCUCAAAGAUUUUAAGAAACAUCAGGUAGGUGGCAGAUUAUUACAUCCGAAAUUCCCCUUCUAGGAGAAAAAGGCAUUGUUUUUCCCAUAGGGACUGAUACAAGUGCAAAUAAAUUGUCAUGGAUAUAUUCCUAUACAUAUAUCACAAGUGAAAUAUGUAGCAUGAAAAGUAGCCAGUGAAUAAUUUGCAUAGAAGAAUUGGCCUAAGAACUGACAAUAAAAGUUGACAGGGUCCACCAAAAAAACUAAAGCAAAGACAACAUAUUAUAACAGUUGCCCUGAAGAUUGGAUAGGGUUGAGUGUGUUGUUUGGAAUCCAAAUGCUUUUCAGCCUUAUAAAGAGAGCCUUGAAUGCACUUCUCAUCAUCAUGAGAAGACCAAAGCUCAUUCCCAAAGAGCAGGAGAGCUUUGGAGGUCGACAGAAUUGAAGCAAAUCAGUGUCAGGCACUAGCAGCUUCCACAUAAAUUCUAGCACACAAAGGUUGAGGAUAAAAGGAAAUAAAGAAGGAAAUGUAUCGUCAACAUCAAGGACAGAAUGACCUGUUCUCUUCUAAGGCAGCCUUUCCACCAGUCCUACAAGGAGAAAAUGCUCCAGGAAGUUCAGGACUAUUUCUCUCGACUGAUGCAAAGCCUCGAUUGAAAUGGACCCCAGAGCUCCACCAACGUUUCAUAGAAGCAGUGAAUCAACUGGGUGGAGCAGACAAGGCUACUCCAAAAACAGUUAUGAGGCUCAUGAGCAUUCCAGGACUGACAUUAUACCACUUAAAAAGCCAUCUCCAGAAAUACAGGCUUAGCAAAAAUUUUCAAGCUCAAGCUAGUACCGAAACUACCAAGAAAGUUAUAGGAUCUGCGAUAGCAGCUGACAGAACAUCUGAAGUGAGUGGAUCACUAAUUGGCAAUACAAACAUUGCCUCUCAUUCAAACAAAACCAUGCAAAUAAGUGAAGCGCUUCAGAUGCAAAUUGAAGUGCAAAGACAGCUACAUGAGCAACUUGAGGUGCAAAGGCACUUACAGCUCCGGAUAGAGGCCCAGGGAAAAUACUUACAAUCAGUGCUGGAGAAGGCCCAAGAGACCCUUGACAAGCAGAGUGUGGGUUCCGUAGGGCUGGAAGCUGCCAAAAUGCAACUCUCUGACCUAGUUAGUGAAGUGUCAAAUGAAUGUAUGGGUACUGCAUUUCCAAGUUUAAGAGAAUCUUCCAGUUUACACACCCUGCAAGGACAGACAGCCCAAGUUGCUGACUAUCUGGGGAAUAGUUGCUUGACUUCAUAUAAAGAACUCCAGAAGGACCGACAGACACAUCAUGUCAGAGUUGGAUUGAGAACUUAUCCGGGCAAUUCACAAUUAUGCACACAACAGAUAGGGGAGGAUUCCACACUUGCACAGACUUGUUUUGCACGGUGUGGGAAUGUGAAUGAGAAUAGAAUGCUACCUUCAUCCACAGUAAAAGAAUCUGAAAUGACAAAUUUUCUUGUCGAAGAGUCCAACAUAUUAUCAAAAAGUGUGAAACCUGAAGGUGAAAAUGGUGGCAGUAUUAGCAUUUCUGAGGCAAAACAAAAUGAAGGAGAUGGAGAAGACACUUGUCUUGAAAUGCCAAAUGGCAGGAGAUCAGCAGUCCAGCAAGAGAGUGGAAAUCAGUUGAAUGGAUUUGCAUUGCCAUGUCUAACAGUGCAGCUAGAUCUAAAUGCCCGUGAUGACAAUAAUCCUUCUCUAGGCUGCAAACAGUUCGACUUAAACGGUUUCAGCUGGAGCUGAGGAUGUUGUGUAAAGCAAUCAACAGACCCGCUUAAUGAAUAACAUGCUCCUUUACUAAUAUUACAAGUUUA